GCUCUUAUACAGGGACACGCGGGGCCACACACGGGGCCACACACCGGGCUAUCACCUCACAGCUGGGGAAGGAAUGCAGCUCACCUCUGCCUGAGACCCCAUCCCUGUACCGACUACUGCAACAUCCAGCAAAGUCUCCAGCCUCUGAUGCUGCAACUUUUGGAUUAGAGCUGUUGUCAUUUUACUCUUUGUCAGAACUGAACCCAGAGAUCUGCACUUCUGGAGCGCGCAGCAGCAGAGUGUGCACCCGGAGCAGAGAGUGCACUGAUCACAGCUGGCAUUAGAGGAGAGUGCACUGAUCACAUUUGGCAUUAGAGAGUGCACUGAUCACAUUUGGCAUUAGAGAGUGCACUGAUCACAGCUGGCAUUAGAAGAGAGUGCACUGAUCACAGCUGGCAUUAGAAGAGAGUGCACUGAUCACAGCUGGCAUAAGAGAGUGCACUGAUCACAGCUGGCAUUAGAAGAGAGUGCAAUGAACACAGUUGGCAUUAGAGGAGUGUGCACUGAACACCGUUGGCAUUAGAGGAGUGUGCACUGAACACCGUUGGCAUUAGAUGAGUGUGCACUGAACACCGUUGGCAUUAGAUGAGUGUGCACUGAUCACAGUUUGCAUUAGAGGAGUGGGCACUGAACACAGUUGGCAUUGGUGAGUGCACUGAUCACAGUUUGCAUUAGAGGAGUGGGCACUGAACACAGUUGGCAUUAGAGGAGUGUGCACUGAACACAGUUUGCAUUAGAAGAGAGUGCACUGAUCACAGCUGGCAUAAGAGAGUGCACUGAUCACAGCUGGCAUAAGAGAGUGCACUGAUCACAGCUGGCAUUAGAAGAGAGUGCACUGAACACAGUUGGCAUUAGAGGAGUGUGCACUGAACACCGUUGGCAUUAGAGGAGUGUGCACUGAUCACAGUUUGCAUUAGAUGAGUGUGCACUGAUCACAGUUUGCAUUAGAGGAGUGGGCACUGAACACAGUUGGCAUUGGUGAGUGCACUGAUCACAGUUUGCAUUAGAGGAGUGGGCACUGAACACAGUUGGCAUUAGAGAGUGCACUGAUCACAGUUUGCAUUAGAGUGUGCAGUGGGUUAAAGUCAUCCCAGCAGAGUCUGAGAGCUGAGCCUUCCUCCAGGCUGCCGUGUACAGAGGGGGCGUGGAGCACUUAAAUUGUGGUGAGAGGCAGUGACAGCUCUUAUAUGGACUGAGAUGGCCUCUGAUCUGGCCAUGAGCGCAGAGCUGCCCAACAGCCCUCUUGCCAUUGAUUAUGUUAAUGACUUUGAUCUGAUGAAAUUUGAGGUGAAGAAGGAGCCCCCAGAAGCUGAGAGAUUCUGCCACCGCCUACCCCCAGGAUCCUUGUCCUCUACUCCCAUCAGCACCCCCUGCUCCUCUGUGCCUUCCUCUCCCAGCUUUUGUGCACCCAGCCCUGGGGCACAACCCAACGUGAACCCCAACAACCCCAACUCUGCCGGCAAGCCCCAGCUGGAGGACCUGUACUGGAUGUCUAACUACCAGCACCACAUCAACCCAGAAGCCCUGAACCUGACCCCCGAAGAUGCUGUGGAGGCUUUGAUAGGGAAUCCCCACCACCACCAUCACCACCACCAGGGCUAUGAUGGCUUCAGGGGGCAGCAGUACCCAGGGGAGGAGAUGGCACCAUCUGGGCACCACCACCAGGUCCACCACCAUCAUCAUCACCACAGCCAUCACCUCAGGUUAGAAGAGAGGUUCUCAGAUGAGCAGUUGGUCAGCAUGUCUGUGAGGGAACUCAACAGGCAGCUCAGAGGCUUCAGCAAGGAGGAAGUAAUACGCCUCAAGCAGAAGAGAAGGACCUUGAAGAACAGAGGCUAUGCCCAGUCCUGCAGGUACAAAAGGGUCCAGCAGAGGCACAUUCUGGAGACUGAGAAAUGUCAGCUCCAGACCCAGGUAGAGCAGCUCAAGCAAGAGGUCUCCAGGCUGGCCAAGGAGAGGGAUCUUUAUAAAGACAAGUAUGAGAAACUGGCCAGCAGAAGCUUCACCACCAGGGAAUCUCCACCACAGUCCAACCCUGGCAAAGGCACCACUGACUUCUUCAUGUGAGACCCACGACUCUCUGACCUCUUACUCCUAAUAAGCCAGUGAGGAAGUGUGCUAGCUUCUGUAGAUUGCAGCUCUUCCAGGUAAAAAAACAAAAAGACUUGUAGUUUCAACAACGUAACUUAUGCAUUUUCUCUAACAACUGUACUCACUAAACCACAAUGCAUUUAAUCCAUUCACUAUAUAUUGUGACUUUUGGGACAGCAAAUUACUUUUUUGUUUUUUCCCCAGAGCUGUCAUAGCUCUUCAUCAUAAAUAUACAUUAUUCAGUGAGAACCUACAAGGACCUGUAAAUAUAAUGAACCACAGAUGGACUUAUAGGGGCACAAUAUACCCCUAUCAAGUAGGAAUGCUUAAUGAGCCAGAAUUAUUUCAAACAAGUCUUAAUUGCAAAAUCUUGUAAAACCAGAGAGGAACAGUCUGACACAAAAUAGCAAUACAAUCAGAUUCAAUUCUCAUAAAACACACAUAUUUAAGUCGAAAGCUGCAUUUUAUCCUCCAGGACUCCAGAAUCCAUGUUUUCUGUGAUAGUAAUGUAAAUCAAAUGAACUGAUCAAAACUGUGCAAAUACUUUGGGUCUAAAAUAGUCUUUUUAGCAAUCCUGCAUGCAGGUCAUGUAUGGGAAUCCAAAGUUCUUUUCUACUAGUCCAGACAAGAAAGCAUGAUGUAGAAUGUGUUUUUGUUUGUUUUUGUUUUACCGUCUUUUUUUUUUUAAUUAUUAAUUUCUUCGAAGAAAGGACAAUUUGUGCAUCUUGUAUAUGACCCAAAAACACUCAAAGUCUUAAUUCACUUUCCUGGACUCAGCGUGUGAAAUGCAACUCUUGCAAACUGGGACUUGUGGAAACUUAAUAUUAACUUCUAUGUCAAAGGACUUCAAACGUCAAAAGGGAUGAGUGUGACUGUUUUAUUUCUCAUUUUCUUUCUUGUUUAUAUUUUUACUAUUUAAAAGGAAAGCUGAGCCAGAUAACGUCUAUUAUUUAAAGUGUCUACUUGUAUAUAAUUGUAGAGUUUAGUUCGUUUAAAUGCCUUUUUGUUCUGAGCCUAUAUUUUGCUUGGUGAUAUAAAGACAAAAAAAAAAAACAUACAAAAAAGUCUUAAGGAAAGUUUGUAUGUAAUAGCAUGCAAAUACUAUUUAAAAAUGAAUACGAACAUUAUUGUUAAUGAUCCGAGACCCUAAUGCACUAUAUAAAGGAAGCAAUUGGAUACAUUAUACUGUUUUAUAGAGAUUUAAAUAAAUUAUCUAUGCUGUUACAAAGUUGGGUAAUAAACAUACAUUCUAAUUAAACCCUUAUUGGGUAAUAUAGUAAUAUAUUAAUUAUUGGGCUGCUUUUAAGUCUAUGCACCGGUCUUAUUUAUGAAUUUACCCUUGGGAAACAAAUGUUAUUUAAAGUUUAAUGCUAAUGCACAAUAUUUCUGCAAAAAAUGAAUAAAAAUCAAUUCACAAAA